AUGUCCAUCACUUACUUCGAUACAAUUGAAAGAAACUACUCGGAAGUAAGCAUAACUGACGAAGGCAUUGAUACUAAGACAUUUUUGGAAGCUACAGAAGGGUUGGUCAAAUUAUUUGAUCUACUUGAAUCUAAGGCUUUCAUUGUCGUUAAAAAUGAUAUGAAUGGUAAUAUUAAGAAAAUUAGAGAACGUUAUUUGAUUGAUACUAUUAAAAAUAGUACACUUGAAAGCUUGGUUAUUAAUGAAAAAGGAGAAAAGAAGCGCAAAGCUACCGAAGGACUACUGUGGUUAAAAAGAGGUUUAGAAUUUACUUCUACUGCUUUACGUCGUUCAAAGAAUAAUAAAGAUGAAGAAUUGUCAGCUUCUUUUAGGAUUGCGUACGAAGGAACUUUGAGACUAUUCCAUGGUUUUGUUGUUGUUACGCUAUUUAAUUUUGCAAUGGAUUCUGUUCCCACUCGUGCAGCGUUUUUCAAGAAACUUGGCGAAGAUGAAUUAAAAAUAGAGGAACAAUAUGAAAUUUGGUUGCUGGCACUUGAAAAGAUUGUUGCUAGACUAGUUGAAUUUUAUAUACAAGGUGGUCACGACAAAGGAUUUUAG